UCCAGCUGGGCCUCGGCCUUUCGGCCCGAGCUUGUGAAAGAGGGGGGAAAGCAAGGGCUAUUUCUUGCCUCGUGGCUCGCGCGUAUUUUUUCCCUCCUUGUUUCGCGGACUCAGUGCACUGCAAAUGGAAGACCAGAAGCAAAUUUUAGAAGAAGUAUUUGGCGAAUCUUCAGAUAAAGAAGGUGAAGGAGAACAGCAGUCAGGAGAUUCCUUCGACGAGGAACAAUCAGUGAACCAGAGCGAGAAAAAUCCUAUUUGGGAACGAAUUGAAGAGAUUAGUGGGCUAUGGUUGUAUAGAGACUUCCUCUCUCUUGAGCGCCAAUCUUCGCUGCUGUCUGCAAUCGAAAAAGAAGGAUGGUUCACUGAAGCUUCCCAUAAUCAGGCUAUGAGGUUUGGAGAUCUUCCUGCAUGGGCAAUUGAGCUUUCUGAAUCUAUUCGUAAAGCAGUUUGGUUUUGUGAUAUUUCUGAGUGUGGAGAUUCAUCAACAUGUGAUCAGGAUAAGGAAGAAGUUUGCCCUUUGCCAUCAGAUUUAUUGUGGAGAGAGCCCCUCUUUGAUCAACUAAUUGUAAAUGUAUACCAGCCAGGUGAGGGAAUAUGUGGACAUGUGGACCUCAUGCGUUUUGAAGAUGGGAUUGCCAUUGUCUCUCUUGAAUCAGCGUGUGUGAUGCACUUUACACGAGUUAAGAAUGAAACUAGCAACAUUGGAUAUGAUGGGAAAGAAGAUACUCUUAUGGUGAAGAUCCCUGUUUAUCUGACCCCAGGAUCUCUGGUUAUCAUGCAGGGCGAAGCUCGCUACCUUUGGAAGCAUGAGAUAAACCGCAAGCCGGGGUUUCAGAUCUGGGAAGGGCAAGAGAUCUGUCAGAAGAAGAGAACGUCAAUUACAUUGAGGAAGCUCUGCCAUGCCAAAAAAGCAAAGGUAAGAGAAAGAAAGGAAAAAUUUCUCCUUCUACUGUCUUAUGUGGAUCAUCAAUCAUGCGAAUAGAUCUUACAUAACUUCGCUCUAAGUAGUAGAGGGACUUGUCUCUUGUUAGAAUACUGAUGAUUAUUCCACCUUGCUGAAGUGUUUUACCUCGUAAUCAUAGCCAUGUCUAUUGUGAACCUAUAUAGUUCAUUUUACCUCACUAUCCAAUGUAUCCAGUCAUCCAGUGAUGAUUUCACUGGGACACAAGAGUGUUCUAUGAGGCCAUCUGUAUAAUUUUCCGACUGUAUGAAAGGAUGCAAUACAUGCAAAAUCAAAUUGCUUGUAUACCAUAUUCACGGUCUCCAUCACCCAUAAUCAAUCAAAUUACUGCAUCUUAUUUAAAGUAGUGCUCAAAGUCCAAUUGGUAGUUCCUCCUUACUGUUAGAAUAUGUGUGUGUUUGCCUAGGUGAGUGAGACCAUAUGACCGAGAAGGGUUGAGCGCAGGCAGAUAAGUAUGUGUAGCCAAAGGUUUUAGAUGAUCUGGCAUAAGAUGAAAAAUUACUUCGAUCUUCUAUCAAGGUUUCAGUGCAAUGGAUCCCUGGGAUGUGGCAAAAUAGAAGGCAUAUAUUUUAGCAUAAUCUUGAAUUACUGUUGGAGUCUAAUCUUGCUUUCCAGAAAAUAGAUCCGGAUGACUUUCCUGAGGAGGUGGCAACUCAAUAUGUUUCUCUAUGUGGCAAGUGCUGAAAUAACUUCACACGUAGAAAACUGGAAUGGGCAAAAUAUGCAGUAAAUGCUGGGAGAAAAAGAUUGUAUUAAACAGAUAUGGAGACAAACUAUCUGAUAUUUGUAUUCUCUUGCAGGGGAUGGUAUUAAAUUAAUGAAAGCCAGAAACAGAAACAGGUUGAGCAGCA